AUGCUCAAUCCCAUCAAGACCAGCUGGAAGGCCCCUCGGUAUGUGUUGAGCAUGUCUGCAGCCAGGCAUGAGCGUGUUCGCAAGAAGUACCAGAUCUUGGUGGAAGGAGAGGGGAUACCACCCCCCCUCAAAAGCUUCAAGGAAAUGAAGUUUCCUGUGGCCAUUCUGAGGGGCCUGAAGAAGAAAGGAAUUCACCAUCCCACUCCCAUCCAGAUCCAGGGCAUCCCUGCCAUCCUCUCCGGCCGCGACAUGAUCGGCAUUGCUUUCACUGGCUCUGGCAAGACAUUAGUGUUCACUCUGCCCCUAAUCAUGUUUUGCCUGGAGCAGGAGACAAGAUUACCAUUCUCCAAGAGGGAGGGGCCCUAUGGGCUCAUUAUCUGCCCUUCUCGAGAGCUGGCCCGCCAGACCCAUGGUGUCUUAGACUAUUACUGUCAGCUGCUGCAGGAAGACAACUACCCCUCCUUGCGCUGUGCCCUCUGCUUUGGGGGCACGUCAGUCAAGGAGCAGAUGGAAACUAUCCGGUAUGGGGUGCACGUGAUGGUGGCCACCCCUGGGCGUCUCAUGGACCUCCUACAGAAAAAAAUGGUGAAUCUGGACAUUUGCCGCUACCUGGCCCUGGACGAAGCUGACCGAAUGAUUGACAUGGGCUUCGAGGGAGACAUCAGAACCAUCUUCUCCUACUUCAAGGGCCAGAGACAGACACUGCUCUUCAGUGCUACCAUGCCCCAGAAGAUCCAAAACUUUGCUAAGAGUGCUCUGGUAAAGCCUGUCAUCGUCAAUGUGGGCCGGGCAGGGGCUGCCAGUCUGGAUGUCAUCCAGGAAGUGGAAUAUGUGAAGGAAGAGGUCAAGAUGAUGUACCUGCUAGAGUGUCUGCAAAAGACACCCCCACCAGUGCUGAUUUUUGCAGAGAAGAAGGCGGAUGUGGAUGCCAUCCAUGAAUACUUGCUUCUCAAAGGUGUGGAGGCUGUAGCCAUCCAUGGAGACAGAGAUCAAGCAGAACGGAGCAAAGCCAUCGAGACAUUCCGCGAUGGCAAGAAAGAUGUCUUAGUGGCCACUGACGUGGCCUCCAAGGGCCUGGACUUUCCAGCCAUUCAGCACGUCAUCAACUACGAUAUGCCUGUGGAGAUUGAGAAUUACGUUCAUCGGAUUGGUCGGACAGGCCGCUCUGGGAACACGGGCAUGGCCACCACCUUUAUCAACAAGGCCUGUGAUGAGUCAGUACUCUUGGAUCUCAAAGCCCUCCUCCUUGAAGCCAAACAGAAGGUGCCUCACAUGCUGCAGGUCCUGCACCAAGGAGAUGAAUUGGACAUUGGAGGAGAGAGAGGCUGCACCUUCUGUGGGGGUCUGGGCCAUCGCAUCACUGACUGCCCCAAGCUGGAGGCCAUGAAGACCAAACAAGUCAGCAACAUUGGCCGGAAGGACUACCUGGCCCAAGGCUCCAUGGAUUUCUGA